GAUCCUCUAACUGCGUUCCUGUACUGUUGACCCAACAGGAGAAUGAUGAGAUCCGCUGUGCCUCCAUCAUGCUCCUGGGGAACCUGUCUAAGUUUGGUUCAGGAGAGCCUGUGUUCAAGGACCAGAUCCACAACGUACUGGUCAGCCUGCUGCUGCACCUCAGUGACCCCAACCUGCAGGUGGUCAAGGCGUGUAAGUAUGCCAUGCGAGUGUGUGCUCCGGUGGUGGGCUCAGAGCUCAUCACCACUAUGUUCCAGAACCAUCUCCACGAGGACAAGAGUCUGCACUACGGAGAGUUCAUCAACGACCUCACCAAAUAUAUUAUUCAAGACUUCCCUGGCAUGCUCAACUUCUACCACAUCACUGUCAUCCAGUUCUUCAAAAGCAACUGGGCCGAGGUUCGUGCCGGCGCUGCAAUGUUUAUCGGUUUCCUUCUGGGUAAUCUUCCUGAGGAAUUAUUUUCUCACAUCAACAUGGGGAGUGUGACCAAAGGUCUGGUCAUGCUGCUCCAGGACCCAGACCCAGUGGUGAGAGUCAAGGCAGCUGAAGCUAUGGGUCACUUCCAUUGAACAGACACACAUCCUGCCUGCCAUUCAUUACUUCAUUAGCUGUUUUAGAGUUGUUACUGUUUUCCAAGAAGAUGAUCUGGUACUUCACAUGUUGACAGUGCAACUUGAAUUAGUCCUUGAAAGUAUGUACUAGUGACCAAAGACUGUACCUCCAUGUAUAGAACAACAUGCAUAGCACUUUGGAGCAGUAUUAUGAAAUCUGAUAGUUUUGAAUUAGUCUUUUAGAAUGUUGACAGUGUGUUAGGGUUAGGUCAAUGGACCUGACCUCCGCUGAGCUUAGUGUUUAGCUGAAUUCCAAAUCGAGCCCUAUCCCCUCUUCCCUAGGCACUCCUGUAGACCUGAAUGGAUUAGAACGGUGUAGGUGAUAUGGUAGUUAGUUCCUUGGCCUGCUGAUGGGACUUGGCUGCUGGAUGGAAUCUCCACCAUAUUGGUUAUAACUAUCUGUCCCUUUCAGGUCAAGAGAAGGGGCUUGCGGGUAGGGGCUAGGGGUUGAUCUCCAGCCUCCACUCCAUUCACACUAGUCUAGUGGAUCAACCACUGAAACACACGUAGGGCUGGCACUAUUACCCUGUAACCCACCGUUAUGGAUGAAGACCGUAAAGAAAAUAACCGCCAUGACCGUAAAUAUGAUGUGUGCGGUUAAGUCCCUUUCUUCUGCAACAUGGACUCUUAACGGGAUUAAACUUUGUUGUAAUGUAGAAUGUGCAUUCAAAUGAAAACUGGUGUGGCUCAUGCAAUGGAAUGUACUGUACUUUUUGUAAUGUCUAUUGAGUUGAAUCACCAAAUCACAGCACAUAUUUUACUACCUGCUUUGGUCCUAUGGGUACACUCGCAAUGGCUGCCAGUCAACCCAUUAUGCCAACGUUGAGUUGAAUGGGGACUCCCGUUCUAUUCAUUGUGUUUCUAUGGCAGCACAUGCAGUCAGGAACGCAGGAGAAAUGUGCGUCUACAUUUAUUAAUUUGUAUUCUUUUUGCUAUUUGAACGGUUGUUACGGUGACCGCAGUCAUUUGGCUGACCAAAUUGCCGUCCUACAAAGUACCAUGACCGUCACAGCCCUCCACACAAGGAUGAGCAGUUAUCAGCCAUGUCCAAGGAGGCUGUCUGUCAGCAAGGAACCAAGGCCCAAACCAUCCCAUGUACCCGUUCUUACAGUUACUUCUGAGGCAGAAGGGUUUUCAGAGGCUCCAUUUAUUCUCAUGCUAGGAUGGUCUAACAACAGGACUGCAUCCUAAAACACUAUUGUAGCUAGUUCAGAAAAUGUCUUGAAGGAACAGGAGUUUUCUCCUGACCACAAGACCUCACCAGGAGGGGAGAAACAGGCCCUAGUUAUAUAGUUAUACAUUGAGGGCCCAGAGUUUCUAUUUGUCAGGUCAGGGGAAAUGCCUGGGUCACUUUCAUUAGGACCUCACAAUAGAAAAUUAAUCCGGGAAAUUCGUAUCGUUGGACUAGUCCAGAUAGUCCCUCCCCGUUUUCAGUCAGUUUUCUUCCGUUUGGUGCCUAUUGAACGUGACCCCUAGUCUGUAUCUGUUCUUCUUUACCCCAGGUACAACAUGUACGCAACCAGGCACUCCCGUGGAGUCGCUACAGUGCCAAAUAAUCAGACCUGGAUUUAAAUACUAUUUGAUUUAGUUCAAAAAUGGUGUUUACUUUAACCUGCCAGAGGGGCGGGGUUUGCAGUUUUGCCAGCGCUAUUCUAUUGGUUCCAUUGUGCCAGCAGGCAAGCAGAAUUAAGAACACCUAAAGUACUUGAAAUGAUUUAAAAUAGUAUUUGACCCCAUAUCUACAAAUAAUAGUUUUACUGGGUAGCUGCAUUAAGAUGGACGCAAUAACCUUUUCAUAUCUCUCCUUGUCUUAUCUCUCACCCUUUCUCUUAAAUGAUGGAAUGCACUUAACUUUUCCACUCUUAUCCGUUUCAUGUGAUUGGGUUAGGGUACUGAUUUAUAACAGGUUAUGAGGUCUUAAGCGAUGCCAUUCCUGUCAAGUAAGUUUUACGUUGCACUACUUAAUCAGUCUGUCAUUGUACACGGUGAAUGACACAUCCACAUGUUUUUGUUGUGUUACUGAUGGGUAGAGAUGUUUGUCUGUGGGAAAGUGCAGUAUAGGCACUAUUUAAUGUGUUGCCUACAUUGGGUAAAAUUCCUAGUAAUGAAGUACAGCUGGAUUGGACCUGUGUGUCUGUCAGUUUCUGGGGUGUUGAAGGGUUACUGAGGAUGAUGGCUGUUCUGUUGGACCAGUCUUUGUUAUUGUAAUAUGUUAAUGUGACGUCUUUCAGUAAUGGACAUGGGAAAAGUGCACUGUAUUGUGUAUGUACACCGUGUCCAUUUAAAAUGGAAAUGGGCCUUUGAUGAUGGCAAUCAUAUUUUAUUUUGAAAAUAAAGUGACGAAACCUUAAAAUAA